AUGGAAAGUGAACCUCCUAAAACUACAGGUGGUCAAUCCUCAACUGACUCUCCCAUCAACGGCUCAAUAUUCAAGGGGGAGAGUUCUUCAGCACCAAAGACAACCGAAAUGUCUUUCGAGGGGGAGAAUCCUAUUCCAUCCCCAACUCAUAAAGAUCCAAGCGAGGGUGACCAUAUAGCUCCAAACCCACCCCGUAAGAGUCCAAUUGAGGGGGAGAGUCCGACUUCCACAAAGAAUGACAACUUUGAUCUUGAUACAGGUUACACUUCACCAGUCGAGGCGGAGAAAGAAACUACAACUGACGAAGGUGAUCAAUCAGAACUUGAAGAAGAAGUAAAUGCAGAGUUGGAUCCAGCCUAUGACCCAAAUUAUCCUCCAUUAGUGAAAUGGACCAAGGAUCAUCCCAAAGCACAUAUCAUUGGUGAAUCAUCUGAGAAAUUCCUAACUCGUUCUCAAUUGAAAGCGAAACAAACUGCAUUAUUCUCUAAAGUUGAAUUUUGUAUGUUCAAUUCGUUUGUCUCCAAAGUCGAACCAAAAACAGUUAAUGUUGCACUUGAUCAUUCUGAUUGGGUUCAAGCAAUGCAAGAUGAGCUUCAUGAGUUCGAAAGAAAUCGAGUUUGGAGGCUGAUUCCCACACCAAAGGAUGCUUCAGAGGUUGGAUUGAAAAUGGGUAUUCAGGAAUAA